UUUAGAGCGAGCAAUUUUCGCCGUAAAAAAACGCCAAUUUCGUGUAAUUUGGUUUCGGGUUAAUCUUCGGAUCGUUCUGAGUCAAUUACACGUAUUAUCGCGGUAAUUGUGCGGACGCGUGUGUUCGUAGUGCUUCCAGCAGGUGCUCAAUGUGUUGAAGCGGAGCGUCUCCAAAGUGGAUAACAAACCCUUCACGACGCUGAAUUUCACGGACUUGGGGUCCCCGUUCGGGGGGCCUAACGAGGAGCCGCCGGGGACGCCCAACACCAUGUCGGGGGAGGCGCACAUCGGGCCGCCGACGCCCCACGAGUCCAACACCUCGACGCCGGUGUCGAAGAGCGCCUUCAUCGAGCUGCAGCAGCACGGGUACGGGCCCUUGAGGACGUCCUACCAGCACCACUUUAACUCGCCGGCGGGAAACGCGCACACGGGGCCGACGGGCACCCAUGACGCGGGCUUCCCGAGUCCCAGGGGGGCUCUAGGGGCUUAUCCCUUUCCGCCCAUGCACCAGAACUCCUACACGGGAUACCAUUUAGGAUCGUAUGCGGCCAAUUGUCCGCCUUCGCCCAAAGAUGAUGAAAAGUGUUUAUCGUUGGAGAGGCCGUCGGGCGGCGGCAAGGGCAAGAAGAUGAGGAAACCGAGAACAAUCUAUUCAAGUCUUCAGCUCCAACAGUUGAACCGGCGGUUUCAAAGAACGCAGUACCUGGCCUUGCCCGAAAGGGCCGAAUUAGCAGCCAGUUUAGGUUUAACGCAAACCCAGGUCAAAAUAUGGUUUCAAAAUAGAAGAAGCAAGUACAAGAAGAUGAUGAAGGCGGCGCAGGUUUCGGGGGGCAAUAACAAUAAUGGGACACCUGGGGGGCACUCGGGCCUUCUGGGGCCCAACUCGGCGCUGCCGUCGACGAGUCCAGGACCCCAAGGCCAAAACAUGAUGGCAGGGGGCGGAUCGUCGAGCGGUUCACCAGCGACAGGGUACAUGCAGCACUCGUCACCAGCCCCCAGCUCGACCCCUGGCUCGGACAUGUCGGGACAACCGGCUGCUAGUCCUGGCUGGGACGUCAAGCCCCAGCAACCGAUUCACCCGCCACCUCAUCCAGCGCCGCACCCACACCCGCCACACAACUACCUCCCACAAUACUCGUGGUACCCCACGGACAACCCCGGCCUCCUCACGGUGUGGCCAGCUGUUUAAUACUGAAGAAAGUGAUUAGUUACUAAUUAGGUCUAUGAAAAUUUGAAUAACAACGGACAAAGUGAGUGUGCGAACGUAAAAGUAAAAAUCGUUGUUGAGUUAUGUUUGGAUUGCGACUACAGUUACGAUCUCAGCAAAGGCAGAAGAAAAAUUCCAUCCUGUUUGAUAAAUAAAACACGAGUUCGGUGCAAUAUGAAGUAAAACGAUUCAAUCAACAAUUAACGUCUUGUGUUAAUUUAUUUUCCUAUCGGUGACGUUUUGUUGGUUUAGUUGUUGCGCUUUUUCAUUCCACGCAUCAGUUUGUAAGAUAGUGAUACGACGUACUAGCGGAAUUCGUUAAUAAAUCCGUGGUAUAAAAGUGAUUGGCGUUUUGAGGUUUCGUGUAAUUUUACAAUAUUGUUUCGAACCUUUCACGACUCGUUUUUGUACCAUGGUUGUUUUUUUGGUGCGUUUUGUUGAAUAUACGAGGGAAAAGUGGGCGAGCGAUUGUUGGAACUUGACAACUUAAACUAAUUGCGCGAUUUGUCACUGUCGGUCUAUAAAAGUUUUAGUGAUUCCUUGUAUAGUAUAUUGUAAACUAUUAGUUGUUGAUGAUUGUGGUGAGUGUGAGACAGAAGAUGUACCUUAUUAUGUAAAGUAGUGUUUAUUGAAAACUGUCUAUAAUUUUAGGACGAAAUUAUUAUAAUUAUUAAAUGAGAAAAUAUUUCUAAAUGUGUAAAAUAUAUAUAAAUAACGAACUUUU